AUGUCAAAUCCAGUCACCGAUAAGCCCACAGUCUUGAUCGUCGGAGCAGGCCUCGGAGGACUUAUGCUCGGUGCCCUCCUCGAGAAGCAAGGUGUCCCAUACACCAUCUUCGAGCGUGCCUCAACCGUCAAGCCCCUGGGCUCUGGGAUGGCAGUUGGUCCGACACUCCUCCCCAUCUUUCAGCAAUUGGGCAUCUAUGACGAGUUCCUCCCCCUAGGAAAACGCAUCGUUUACACCCCCUUCUACAAGGAAUCUUUGGAGUCGUACAGACCUACGGACCAUAUUGCCAUCGAGGAAUUCACUGGCUACUCACAGUAUCUCGUUCCUCGUCCCAAGCUCUACGCGUUGAUCCUCAAGCAGGUCCCAGCUCAUAAGAUCCAUUUUGGCAAGCGGGUCCUUAAUAUCACCGAGGAGAAUGAUAAGGUUACUGUCCACACUAACGAUAACGGUAUGCACGUUGGAGAUAUUGUUGUUGGAGCCGAUGGUGCUUACAGUGCUGUCCGUCAGCGUAUGUAUGAUCGCUUGAAGGCGAAGGGGGAGUUGCCUAAGGGGGACCAGGAGGAUCUCCCUUUCAGUUGUACUUGUUUGGUGGGCCAGACGAGGGUUCUUGACGCGGAGAAGUAUCCUGUUAUCAAGGAGCCCAUCUGCGUGUUCCCUACCGUCCUCGGUGCCGACAAACCCUUCUCUUGGUCUGUGAUGUCAACAGCGCAAGGCACGCUCUGUUGGUCGGUCAUUCAUCAUUUGAACGAACAAACGAGCAAAGCAGCCAUGGAACAGCGGUUCAGAAACAAUGAUAAUGCAGAAUGGGGAGCAUACCCCGCUCAGACGAUGUGUGACGAGACUAGGAACUUCCCCAUCCCUCUUGGUGAGGGGUUGUCGACGUUGGGUGAUCUGUACGACUUGGCGCAGAAGGAUUUGAUUUCCAAGGUCAUGCUGGAGGAGAAGGUGUUUACAACGUGGCAUUCUGGUCGUGUUGUUUUGAUGGGAGAUGCCUGCCACAAGCUGCACCCUGCUGGAGGUCAUGGCGCCGUGACAGCAAUGCAUGAUGCGAUUACCCUUGCAAACUUGAUCUAUUCCAUGCCAGCGACCACAGCUGAGCAGGUCACAAACUUGUUCGAGGAGUACCAGGAGGAGCGUCACCCUGCUGCGUUGGUAUCCUUCCAGAACAGUCAACUCAUGAGCAAGUUCAUGGAGAAGGGCAUCAUUGGCUUCAUUGUGCUCUACCUUAUCACUCAUAUGCCUAUGUGGCUUUGGAGACUUGCCUUGGCGCAGACGGUCAAGAUCCGCCCUCAAGUCGGUUUCGUCCCCAACAUUCCCUUGAAGGGGACCGUUAUCCCGAUCAUCUCGCCUAGCGAGCAGAAGGCGAGGGACCUCUUCGAGAGGCAACAAGUUGAGCAGGAGCAUAUAACAGUUUCUAUCUGA